AUGGCAUGGGCCAGUAUUGUUCAUGAAGCCACCAGAAGGCCGCCUUCUCCUCCGCCUGGCCAUGUCUACCACCACACUUGCUUCGUCUAUUCUCCCGACGACGUGUCGACGAGCUCACCCCCCAUUAUUGCCUACAUAUCCAGGAAUGGCGGCCUUCAAGUGCGUGAUAUUGACCUAGACUGGACGAACAAUUCGCGUAUUGUGGUAAAAGAGCUAGUCACCUCCAAACGAAUGAGCCGUUGCGACUUCGAAGAUAUCCUACGCCUGGCUAGUCAAGAGAACAAUCGAGAAGACAUGAAAUGCUCCAAUGCAUGUCGGCGGCUACGAGAGUUUCAGCCUGGGUUUGACCUGGUGCAGUGA